AUGAGUUUCAAAGCAAAGAACCUUACAUAUGAAAAGAACGAACCUGCCUUUUUGCGCAGAUUACGAGGCCAAUAUGGCGACGGAACUGGACAACGCCAUGGGCCAUCUAACGUGCGCCCAAUCAAGGCAAAAGAUCCUGAUGCAGACGAUGAGCCUACCUAUGUUGAUGAAGAGAGCAAUGAAGUAAUCUCCAAGGAAGAAUAUCAGGCUAUGCUACAGGACGCAGCUGGGAAUACUGCCGAGACACAUUCGGAUGGGUUAGGAAGCGGAGACCAGAAUCAUGCUAGCAAGAGCGACAAAACUGCUUCAAAAUUACUGAAAUCAGCUGGCGGCCAAAAGGUUGCGGAGAUUGGUGGCUCGAAAAAGAAGAAAUUUGCCAUGGUUGUAGCCGAAGACGAUCAAAUCGCCGAGAAAGGCACCCAGCCUAGAGAGAGCGGCCCGCCGAACAAGAAGCAAAAGAAAAAGAAGAUUAAGCUAUCAUUUGACGAGGACGUUGAAACUUGA